CCACCACCACAUUCUCUUAGCUUUUAUACGCCGAAGAUUUCUCGUCGUCGCCUGUAUCAUAGUUUUCUCUCGCACCAAAACCUAACACUAACACAGACUUAUCCUCAUAGAUUCACUCCUCCUAGUGAUAAUAUAAUGGCGGAGACGGACGUCGGAAACGUGAACGCGAAGGAGAAACGAUCGCCGAAGCGAUUGAUUUUGCUGAUCGGAGCUAUAGCCGUCGCCGCGGCCGCUGUGUUUUUGAAUACUCAGAACUCGUCGAUUUUCGAUUUCACCGGGAAAAUAUGCAAUUGCCGUAAGGCUGAGAAGCAGAAGUACAUUGGGAUGGUUGAAGACUGUUGUUGUGAUUACGAGACGGUGAAUAAGCUGAACACUGAGGUGUUGCAUCCACUGCUUCAAGACCUUGUUAAGACACCCUUUUACCGAUAUUUCAAGGUUAAACUGUGGUGUGAUUGCCCGUUUUGGCCUGAUGAUGGCAUGUGCCGGUUAAGAGACUGUAGUGUUUGUGAGUGUCCUGAGAGCGAGUUCCCUGAGCCGUUUAAGAAGGCUUUAAGCAAAGACAAUCCUGUUUGCCAAGAAGGGAAGCCACAAGGUGCUGUUGACCGUACCGUAGACACUAGAGCUUUCACGGGUUGGACUGUCACUGACAAUCCCUGGACUAGUGAUGAUGAAACUGACAAUGGUGAAAUGACGUAUGUUAAUCUUCUGCUGAAUCCUGAACGGUACACUGGCUAUAUUGGCCCCUCUGCUAGAAGGAUAUGGGAUGCUAUAUACUCUGAGAAUUGUCCCAAAUAUACAUCUGAACAGUCGUGCCAAGAGGAAAAGAUAUUGUACAAACUGGUCUCUGGUCUUCACUCAUCUAUUACAGUUCAUAUAGCUUCAGAUUAUUUACUUGAUGAAGCUAAAAACUUGUGGGGUCAAAACCUAACAUUGUUGUAUGAUCGUGUGUUAAGAUACCCAGAUCGUGUUCGGAACCUAUACUUCACAUUUUUGUUUGUUCUCAGAGCAGUAACAAAGGCAGAAAAUUACUUGGUAGAAGCUGAAUAUGAGACUGGUAAAGACAAUGUCAUCGAGGAUUUGAAGACCAAAUCUCUUAUGAAACAACUAGUUAGUGACCCUAAGACGAAAGCAGCUUGUCCACUGCCAUUUGAUGAAGCCAAGCUCUGGAAGGGCCAACGUGGUCCAGAACUGAAACAACAAAUACAGAAACAGUUCAGAAACAUAAGUGCAAUAAUGGACUGUGUAGGAUGUGAGAAAUGUCGUCUAUGGGGAAAGCUUCAGAUUCUUGGUCUCGGCACUGCAUUGAAAAUCCUUUUCACUGUCAACGGUGAAGACAAUCUGCGUCAUAAUCUCGAACUGCAAAGGAAUGAAGUGAUUGCGCUGAUGAAUCUACUCAACCGGUUAUCUGAAUCAGUGAGGUUUGUUCAUGAAAUGAGUCCUGUGGCCGAGAGAAUAGCAGGAGAUGGAAAAAACAAACCAAAUCAUAACCGAACAUAAUUUAGGUGAUUGUUCGGUUCGGUUUUAAACCGUAAAAACCGAACAGGUUUUCCGUUUCUUAGUAUAUUGAUUCUAUUUUUUUCUUCAAUUGUAGAUCUACAUAGUUGUUGACAUUCUGGUUAAUCAGACUUAUGUUGUCACUA